AUGGGUCAAGGACCAUCUGGUAUGGGAGGCGAAGGGGGAAGGAAUGAGAAAGACAAGAAGAAGGACAAGCCCAAGUACGAACCCCCGCCAAGGCCAACAACCCGGGUCGGCCGCAAGAAGAGAAAGGCUGGCGGUAGCAGCGCUGCUGCCAAGCUUCCAGCAGUUUACCCCACGAGCCGAUGCAAGCUUCGACUGCUUCGCAUGCAGAGAAUCCACGAUCACCUGCUCCUCGAAGAAGAAUACGUCGAGAACCAAGAGCGACUACGAAAGGCCAAGGCUGCCAAGGAAGGACAAACGGCCGGUCCCGAUGUCGAUGCUGAUCGUCUAGCUGAUGAACGUGGCCGGGUGGACGACAUGAGAGGAAGCCCGAUGAGCGUCGGUACGCUGGAAGAGCUCAUUGACGACGACCAUGCCAUCGUGAGCAGCACGACUGGUCCUGAGUACUAUGUCAGCAUCAUGAGCUUUGUAGACAAAGACCUUCUCGAGCCCGGUGCCAGCGUUCUUCUGCACCAUAAGAGCGUCAGCAUUGUUGGAGUUUUAACCGAUGAUGCCGACCCCAUUGUCAGCGUGAUGAAACUCGACAAGGCGCCGACCGAAUCCUACGCCGAUAUUGGUGGUCUGGAGCAGCAGAUUCAAGAAGUUCGAGAGUCAGUCGAACUGCCUCUACUGCAUCCCGAGCUGUAUGAGGAGAUGGGCAUCAAACCCCCCAAGGGUGUCAUUCUAUAUGGCGCCCCUGGUACUGGAAAGACGCUGUUGGCCAAGGCUGUUGCCAACCAGACAUCUGCUACGUUCUUGCGUAUUGUCGGCAGUGAGCUGAUUCAGAAAUACCUGGGAGAUGGUCCCCGGUUGGUGCGACAAUUGUUCCAAGUUGCCGGAGAAAACGCACCUUCAAUCGUGUUUAUUGACGAAAUUGAUGCUAUUGGCACAAAGCGAUACGAUUCUACAUCUGGAGGAGAGCGUGAAGUUCAGCGAACAAUGUUGGAGCUUCUCAAUCAGUUGGACGGCUUCGACGACCGUGGUGACGUCAAGGUUAUUAUGGCGACGAACAAGAUUGACACGCUGGAUCCUGCAUUGAUCCGACCUGGUCGAAUUGACCGAAAGAUUCUGUUUGAGAAUCCCGAUCAGAACACGAAGCGCAAGAUCUUUACCCUGCACACUUCCAAGAUGAACCUAAACGACGAUGUCGACCUAGACGAGUUUAUUUCACAAAAGGAUGAUCUAUCCGGCGCUGACAUCAAGGCUAUCUGCUCAGAAGCUGGUAUGAUGGCCCUGCGUGAACGGCGCAUGCGCGUUCAGAUGGCGGAUUUCAGGUCUGCUCGAGAGCGGGUAUUGCGUACCAAGCAGGAGGGUGAGCCGGAGGGUCUAUAUCUGUAA